AUGCGCGGCCAUUCUGAGCAUCGAUCACACGCCUGGAAACCGGAAGAGAUCUAUCACUGUUGCGUGCAAGCACUCGAGGGCCGAUGCAGUCGACGAAACAAAACCGUUCACGACUACAAAAUAGCGAUCAAGGAAUUCUUGGCAAAGGUGGAAAUUAUCUUGUUGAACGAGUUGUCGAGAGCAUUGGAGCAGUCGAACGAGCCGGAUCGGCUGAUGAUCGCGCGACUCAAUCGGGCCUUAUCGACAUCAUAUCUGAAAGAUGAUCGACCUUCCCUUUACCACCUCCCCUCACCAUCACGACCACAAUGGAAAACCUGGAAUCUCGAUCAUGAAGAUCCGGCCAAAAUGAUUCAAAUUGUCGAGAAUGCGAAAGAAUUGCUUAGAUUGCCGAGAACAGAGACUUAUGAGGAAGAUUUCCUCGUACAACUCCGCGAUCGAUCCGAAUGGGAUGCCCGAGCGGCGGCUGAGGCGAUCGCCAUCCAAUUAGGCACACAUAUCCAACAUGAAACGCAUUCGUCACUCGGAUUAUCAAGAGCCACAACUCCAGAUGGUCGAUCUUUGUGGUCAUCGGAUGGGGAUCUGAAAAGACGAGGGACAAGUGUGGAUGCGAUGAGGAGGACGAGUGCCGGACAGUUGCCUCUUGAACCAUCCGUUUUUGUCCGCGAUCGACCCUCUGUAAUGUCAUUUCGCGAGCGAUCAGUGCCAUUGGAAGAGGCUGAAUCGCCUGAUCAUUCAUUGGCUAAUGGAGCUGUCUCCACCGGUGCCCUGUCCACCCUGGGGACUCAUAGUGAGAUUCUACAAAAACCCGGCAGUGCCAUGUCAACUCUGCAACCAUAUCCAGCUGAUGAUACGCUCAAUACGACAUUGUCCUCAAACACGACGCCCGUGCCGAACUCUUCUCCAACAGUUGCAUCGAAUCACUCGGGUGAUAACAAGCGUGGCUUCGGCGAGAGUUUCCUGACUCGACCAAUUUGCGUUCAAUCGUUUGAAUUGCCCGGGAAACCGCCAGCACUCGCAUUAUCGGAUAGUUGUGGGGGCGUCUACCUAACAAGCGCCGAUGGAGAAGUCACCGAGCAUAUUCUCAUAAAGAACUCAUCUGCUUCGUCAGUGGCCGUGGAUGAAAAGAAUUCGAUAAUGUACGUCUCAGUGAUGACGGCGAAAGGUCGAUCGAUUCACGUUUUCGAUAUGGCUAAAGGGAAUAAAAAGCUCGAUGCGAUUCCCUGUCCAAAGGACCCGAAAAUCGAGUUGAGUCGAACGCGGUGGAUUACAGUUGGCCCAAGGGGUCACCUUUUCAUGACGAGCGGUGACAACAUCAAAUCGGCUCUCUGGGUGUAUAUGAGAUCAAGAAAGGCCUGGAAAACGUUAAAAGAAUCGCGCAAAUCGAGAUAUCAAUAUCUGAGUGUGGCUGAGGAUCAAUCUGAGUACAAAGCUGUCGUCUUGUUGACAUGCGAUGCGGCGAAUAAUCGUCUCCUCCUUUUCGUUGUCGACAGUCAAUUGUCGUUGAUCAAUGAAUACGAUUUGAGUGUCACUUAUCAUCUAAAUGAUUAUAUUUCAUCACCAGCUAGUGCCAUUGUUGACAAGCAAGGCCACUUGCUAGUGUUGGACUACGCGAAUGGGAAAGUGCAGAUUUUGUUGAGCGGGGAAAAAGGAGUGAGACGAUUGAAAGAAGUCACCUUCGCCGAUCCACUUCUCCCACAACAAGCACUCGGAAUCACUGUUCUCGGUGAUUACGUGUACGUAGCGUGUUUCCACACGCAUGAAGUCCGCUGCACUCGAUAUUUAGAGAACGGGAAAUUCCGG